CUUCGCCUCCUCUUUCACCGACUACGGAGAGAGAGAGGGAGAGAGAGAUCGAGAAGAAAUGGAGUGCGUGUUCGGGCUGGUAGGCGACGGCUUCGCGUUGGUGGCGGCGGACACUUCCGCGGUUCACAGCAUCCUCGUCCACAAGUCCAACGAGGACAAGGUCAUGAUCCUCGACUCCCAUAAGCUCCUCGGCGCCUCCGGCGAGGCCGGCGACCGGGUGCAGUUCACCGAGUACAUCCAGAAGAACGUCCACCUCUACGAGUUCCGGAAUGGCAUCCCGCUUACCACCGCCGCCACUGCCAACUUCACCCGCGGCGAGCUUGCCAUCGCCCUCCGCAAGAAUCCAUAUUUUGUUAAUAUUUUGCUGGCUGGAUAUGACAAGAAUAUUGGCCCAUCUCUCUACUAUAUCGAUUACAUUGCUACUCUCCACAAAGUUGACAAGGGCGCAUUUGGUUAUGGAUCCUAUUUUACAUUAUCGAUGAUGGACCGACAUUACAAGAGCGGGAUGUCAUUAGAGGAAGCUAUUGACUUAGUUGACAAGUGUAUCAUUGAAAUCCGAUCCAGACUGGUUGUUGCUCCUCCAAACUUUGUGAUCAAGAUUGUCGACAAGGAUGGAGCUAGAGAAUAUGCUUGGCGUGAAUCAAUCAAAGAUGCAGGUGUUUCUGCAGCCUGAGAUGGUUACUAUGUUUCCUCAAGCAGGUUAACCCACCUGGACUAUAUGGCUGAUGAGAUCGUGUACGCCAAUUUGUGGUCCGGACAUGAUUUGAUGUGGUGUUAGUUUUAAAUGCUCUUCUCCUUUUUGUGUUCAUCAAACUCGUACUUUUUCACAAUCGCAAAUCCAUACUAUCUUGAAACAAGGGCGAGUUAUUUGCGACAGAAAGUAUUUUAGUCAAAGUAAUUUGCUUAUUUGCUUA